UUUGACAUUGCCAAAGCAAAGCAAUCAACAACGGAGAAAGAAUUUACAGAGAGAUUUCCAGAGGGUUUCAUAGAGAGAGAAAGUUGCAGACGGAAAGAGAGAGAUCGAAAGAGAGAGGUGGCGGCCACAAACGCAGAAGUUGGAGAGACGCGCAGCGGUCGUCUCCAGGAGUUUAUGUCGUCACUGUUAGCGAGUAUUGGAGGAGUCUUUGGCCAAACCCAGCAAGAAAACGAACCGGAGAUGACUUCCAGGGCUGUUGUUCAUCAGAAUCAACCCAGAGGAGAAGUGAAGCAAAAGAACGCCAUGGGAGAUGUGAGAACUAGAAGAGUUCUUCAAGACAUUGGUAAUCUAGUGAUUGAUAAUGCUGCUGCGCUAGGGAAGAAGCCAAUCUCAGAAGUUGUAGAUGCUGUCCUUGCUGUUAAUGGGGUUACGGUGGGAAAAGGUGCUGCUGUACUGAAGGGGGCAGCAGCAGGUAGAAUGAAGGUGCCUGAGAAGCCCAAACCUGAAACUGUGAUUGUGAUAAGCUCUGAUGAAACUGAAAAAACUAAACCUGUUAGCAGAAGAACAUUAGCAGCCGGAAAUUCAACAAAGGAAGUCAAGAAGGCCUUCACUUCAAUUCUCAGUGCUCGAAGCAAGGCUGCAUGUGGACUCGCCAAUAAGCCAAAGGAUCCAGUUGUGAAUAUUGAUGCAGAUGAUGUUGAUGAUAUAUUAGCAGUGGCUGAAUAUAUUGAUGAUAUCUACAAGUUCUACAAGCUCACUGAAGACGAGGGCAGAGUAGGCGAUUACAUGGGUUCUCAGCCAGAAAUCAAUGUUAAAAUGAGAUCUAUCCUUGUGGACUGGUUGAUCGAAGUUCACCGCAAAUUUGAACUGAUGCCAGAGACCCUUUAUCUUACCAUAAAUAUUAUGGAUAGGUUCCUUUCUCUGAGGGCUGUAUCCAGGAGGGAGCUUCAGCUGGUUGGGAUCAGUUCAAUGCUUAUAGCAUGCAAAUAUGAAGAGAUUUGGGCACCAGAGGUUAAUGACUUUAUUUGCAUAUCAGACAAUGCCUAUGUCAGAGAACAGGUUCUGGCAAUGGAGAAAGCAAUUUUGGGGAAGUUGGAAUGGUAUCUCACUAUUCCUACACCAUAUGUGUUCCUUGUUCGGUUUAUCAAAGCCUCUCUUCCAUCCGAUAAGGAGAUGGAGAAUAUGGUGUUUUUCCUUGCUGAGCUUGGUCUGAUGCAAUAUCCAACCAUAAUUAAGUACAGUCCCUCGAUAAUCGCUGCUUCAGCCGUCUAUGCAGCUCGAUGUACCCUCGACAAAACUCCUUUCUGGACUGAAACUCUGAAGCACCACACAGGCUACCAUGAAGAUCAGCUAAAUGAUUGUGCAAAGCUCUUGGUUAAAUUCCACCUUGCAGCAGCAGAGAGUAAGCUGAAGGCAGUGUAUAGGAAAUUCUCUUGCCCGGAUCGUGGUGCUGUGGCUCUGUUUAGCCCUGCCAAAAUCCUGUCAACCAAUCUGUGAUGAAUGAACAAUUCGAUCGAGUGGCGGAGAUGGAUGAAACACAUGUACAUAUACAUGGGUAGAUCAUGCUUCUUUUGUACUGUCCCUCCCUCCUCUACUGAGGAGAGAGUUAUGCUGUUUUUGUUAAUUUUCUUUUGGGAGCCUUUCAUUUGGUGAGUGUGAGUGAAUGUGUGAUAAGUUUACUACUGUAUGAUCCAUAUGCUAUGAUGAAAGUAAUGACUGAGGACAGAAAUUUUAAAAGAGAGAGGGAUAUAUAU